AUAGCUGCGAAGCGCGCGUAUUUUGCAGCAGCUCGCUCGGUUUACGGCCCUAGCUUAAGUUCUAAGCUCUAGCUGGUCGCUCAGCAUUUCAGAGUAGCGAUUGUACUGCUCGGACGAACGCUGGCGCUCCCUUCGACCGGAAGCAUGACGGAUAACAGCUACGCUGUCCAGCAUUUCGGCUUCUCGCCCAAGAGUAUUGUCGACGAUGUCUAUAGUAUCUGGUUUGACUACACACAGAAAUGCCUGGAUGACCUCAAGACCACAUUACAGGACAAGGCAUCCGGCCGCAUUCCUCCUGAUGAGCUAGAAGCAAAUAUGGAGUCCAUCUUUCAAGAAAUGGUCCCUGAAUUUAACAAGAAUGCUGACAAGUUAGAGGAGUUCAUGCAGUCCAACAUCACACACGUGCCAUCGCAUGUGCUGCUCCCUGAAGAUGACGUGCAUCGGCAGUUGCCCGACGAGAGGAGACCGAGCGUGUCCUCCCUUAGGGCACAGCUCGGGUCGCUGCACAGGCGCAUUGCUCAGGGCAAGUCUGGCAUAAUGCAGCGCUGGUACCAUUCACGUUCCUGCUCCCAAAGAAGACAUUGCUGCUACUAUCUUCAUGUGAAAACCCCUUCGUGCUGCCCCAUUGCCAGAGCAAUAGCAGAUGAGCUGCAAGGAACGCCUAGGAUUAUUACAUUUGUUUGCUUAUUUUUAAGGGCACAUAAAUUACUAUGCGUAUGAGUGCUAUUAAAAAUGAGUUUAAGGCAGCAUGUCUCAAACAUUCCCAAUGAUGCAACUUGGUUAGCCAAUCUAAUAGCUCGCUUGACUGACGUCUCUACAAAGCAGGUAAUGGGGCGGCUGAAAACUCCCAAGAGCGGCACUGUUGCGAUUGGUUAACGAUGCACAUUUUUAAAACUCUAUAAUAAAUUACAUGCUUUAUGCGGAACGCUUAGAUGUCUCACUUAAUGAUCAGAAGGACCUACCCUAAUGACUCGGUACGUUUGCACAAAAUUGUGAAAAUAAUUUCAGGAUUCCUUUAAGCAACACAUAUACUAUAGCUUUAUUGACUGAACUCUGUGCAUUCACAACUGACUUACAUUAGCUUGGUGAAUUUUUUUUUGACCUUUUGUAACAUUGUGACAUUUGUGACAUUCAUUUGUAAUGUAGCAGUGUAACACAUAUUCCCAUAGUUGGAAAAUACUCACGUUUGUCAGGAACUACACUUUUUGUAGCACGGAGGCACGCAGGCAUGUGCAGUACACUUUUGCAGGCAGACAAUAUUUGUUUGUAGUUUUUAGGUUGUAACUGACUAGUAUAGGCAUUGUGUGAUCGCUUGGCUCACUCACUGCUGCUGUAGCUCUCCAAGUGCAUUGUCAGACACGUGUAGUGUAAUAACAUCAGGGAUGUAGUCCAUUAUGUGGCUAGGGCUGGUUGGUUACGCUUCUGCAAGUGGGUCGGGACCACGUGCUGUAACCGUGGUACAGCACGCCGACAUAUUUACUUACUUUGAUCGUCCCACACACAGGUUUUGCCUGCCUCGAGGCACAACGACGUUGACUGCCACUUGGGGGGCUUCACGGCUGCAUCUGCAUGGGAUUGUUCCCGUUUUGCCACAUCAUACAUAACCCUAUAAUAACCCUAUAAAAAAAAAAACCUUACACUCAACAAAGCUAAAACUCACUACAUGAUUUUUCAUUCUAGGCAUAGUCAUGUUAACAGUGCACCUCUGAAAAUAUAUCUUGAUAAUAGCAUUCUGGAGCAGGUGAACACAAUUAAAUAUCUCGGCGUGACACUAGACAGUAGUUUAAACUGGAAACCACACAUUGAUAACGUAUGUUCGAAGCUAGCGUCACCGUGUUAUGGGCUCUUAAAGGCGAGGGCAUGCUUCGAUAUUUCGGUACUGAAAAUAAUCUACUUUUCUCUCUUUCAUUGUCAUAUGACAUACUGUUGCGAAUCAUGGUCGUCCACAUUUAAAACAUAUUUGGAUCCAAUUUCGCGCUUACAAAAGAGAGUGGUGCGGAUAAUGACGUUUUCUAGUCCAUUUGAAUCCAGCAGUCAUUUAUUUUUCAGGUUGAAAGUACUUCCCUUUACCCUAUCCUCCGAAAUGAAAGUUGCUAUUUUAGUGAAUAACAUAAUAUGUCGCAAUCACUCAUUGUUGUUUAGUAUAUUUGUGAUUCCUACACGAAAUACUAGACACGCCACUAAAAUAAAUUUCAAUUUACCAGUUACCCGAAACACAUAUGGUCAAAGACUAAUUCAGUAUCAAGGUACAAAGAUAUGGAACACCUUACCAAUAGAAGUGAAGAGUGCCAGUAACUUUUUAUUUUCCAUAAAAAGAUUAUAUCUCUUAAAAAUUAGUUAAGAAUGUUGCUUUGUCUUUGUGGUGAUAUUUUUUCAGUAAUACUAUUCUAUUGUUGCACUGAUGUAUGUUUUCUUUUUUUCCUCUUUUUUCUCAUCCUGUACAAUUAUGUAUAAUCAAUACGCAUUUGUUCAUCACUGUCCUGAUCGCCGCAGCACAAACGCAUGUAUACCACAUGGGCCCACACUAGCCUUGGCUAUGGGCCCAACAGUUGUUUGCUUAUGUUGAUGUACAAAUUUAUGAUGAAAUAAAUGUCUAAAUGUCUAAUGUCUA